GACAAUAAACCUUUUGAGAAGCCCUGUCAUCCAAGCUUCCAUGGCUGAAUUCACUGCAGAUUUGCAAAGCUUUAGACCCUCUUUUCCUGUCUUGGAUAUUGAUCCAAACAUGGAGAAUCUGAGUGUGCUGACAACCUCAGACAUGGAUUUUCAGAGCUUCAUGUCUUUCUCCAAUGACAGAUUCUUUGGCCAUCAAGCGCCGGAAUUCGCAGGAAACUUGGUGGACAACUUUCCCGGUGCUGUCUAUCAAUCCAACCAGAAUGUGGCGCCUGUUGCUGAUCACCCAGCAACCGUUACAGCUGGAGAUGAAUUCCAUGAAAGUAGGAAAAGAAAAGCAAUGGACGACAACGACAAGCCAGAAAACAGCUCUGGAACCUCGAGUCCCCCUGUUUCGGAUUCUGGGUCUAGAAGGAAAAAUAGUUCAGGAAGAGGGAAGAGGCUCAAAAGCAAUGAGAAGGAAGAAGAGAAACCAAAGGAUGUGGUUCACGUUAGAGCCAGAAGAGGCCAAGCUACUGACAGCCACAGUCUAGCAGAAAGGGUUAGAAGAGGAAAGAUUAACGACAGACUCAGAUGCUUGCAGGACAUUGUCCCAGGAUGCUACAAGAGCAUGGGGAUGGCAGUAAUGCUAGAUGAGAUAAUUAAUUAUGUGCAGUCCCUACAAAAUCAGGUUGAGUUUCUUUCUAUGAAGCUUACUGCAGCAAGCUCUUUUUACGACUUUAACUCAGAGACAGAUGCUUUAGAAACAUUGCAGAGGGCCAAGGCAUACGAGACAAAAGAGUUGGAGAGAUUGAUGAAAGAAGGGUAUGGAGGACUGGCUUGCUUGCACUCAACGUGGUCCCUUUGACUUCACUUUUGGAUGUUACUCAUUGCCAUACAACAUGAACAUCAUUUCCCAAUUUCAAAAAAUUUAUACUUGUUACCACUACAUGCUCUAUAUGUAAAAGGCACAACUAGUGGAUAUUCAUACUUGUACAAGUUCUCCAUA